AGGUUCUCACUCUUAUCUCAAUUUCGAUUUUAUUAUUAUUAUUUAUAUUAUUCCUCUUUCUUCUACUACAAGAAUGAACUCUCUUGUCAUGCAUGCUGCAGUCAUCACAUCCUACUUCACAAAACCAAUGAUUGUAGAUGAAGAGGAGAAAAUGGAAGAGAAAAUUCAAGAACCGAAGAAAAGAGUAGCAAUUGAUCAGGACAAGCUUGUGGAUGAGAACUCAAUGGAAUGUUUUUUAGAGUUCCUUAUUGAAUUCUUCAAUUAACAAUGUGAAGAAAUCCAUUUAUUCAUUUCGAAACUGUGAAAGUAUUCACAUUCUGUUGUGUAACCUCUAUGAGGUGUCAUGUGACAAUGAAUUUUUAUUUGUUUUUCCUUUGCUAACAUUUGGAGAAAAUCUUAAACUGAUCUAUUUUCAAAAU